AUGGUGAUGAACUCUGUAAAAGGUGAUAUUUUGAUUGCUGGAGGUCACCCACAUGGUUCCUCAAAGAGUGCUGAAAUAUUUUCAUGGAAGGAGGAGAAAUGGUUUAACAUUGCAUCAAUGGAAAUGAACACAGGAGUGGUCUGCAAGUCAAUGGAGACAUUGAAUAUAAAACAGUUUCCUUUGACAUGGAAGACAUUUCCCACAAAGCUUCCUUAUGUAUAUUGGGGUCAUCAAACUGUUGUUUAUAAACAACAAAUCUUUCACAUUGGAGGAUACAUUCAUGGCAAAGGAAGAUCAGAUUUAAUCAGUGAAAUAAAAAUUACAGGUACAACAUCUAAUGUUUUGAAAGAGUUGUGUCAUAUGCCUGAACCACGUUUGGACCAUGGAGUUGUUGUUGUUGAUGAUAAAGUUCUUAUUUUUGGAGGAUAUGGAAAAGAUAAGAAAGUUUUGUCCAGUGUUUUGGAAUUUGAUCCAAGGACUCUUACAUUUAAGGAAAUGCCUCCAUUACCUCAUCCAUUGAGAGGAAUGGCAACAGUUCAAUGGAGAGAUCAAGUUGUUCUUCUUGGAGGUUAUGAUGGAAAAGAAAGGUUGAACAGUGUUAUCAUGUAUGACACUAAGACAGGUAAGAUUACAGUCUUACCAUCCAUGUUGAAAAAGAGAUCCUGUUGUUGUGCAGUUAUAACAGAUGAUACAAUUGUUGUCAUGGGAGGUUGGAAUGAUGAAGUUGAUAUUCUUAAAUCAGUGGAGUGUUUCGAAAUGGAAUGUAGUUCUUCAUGGAAAUAUCUUCCUUCAAUGAACGAGCCACGACAUGUGGCCAUAGCCGAAGUUUUACCUUUUGGACCAAAGUAUGUAUAA